UGCGCUAAGAUUAAGUGCUUUAAAACAUUAAUUGCCCCAAAAAAGUACAGUAUUUACACAGGUUGUAUUUCUAAUUUGAUGGAAAGACUUACUUUUAAUGCUUAGAUGCUUAGACGCACCCCUCAGUGUGAAUUACUGCAGUUCAACGCAACAAACUGAAACUAGAGUAACAAAAGUAUUUCUUGAUUAAUUACGUUGUGUUUUCUCAGUUUAAUUUAAGAUGUACUGCAUUGUCAAAGUUGUAUAUAAAUGUUCGGCCUUGCUUUUGUGUGAAUGUUCAACCUACAAUUUCAGAGAAAAUGGGAGUGACGCUUCUCUGGAACCAUUGCUCACAAUUCCAGUAAGACUUUUCCAAAUGAGGAAGUGUGCUCACGGUGCUAUACACGGUGCCCAUAUCCGAGUUGGAUCUCAACUGUAAUCAAUUGUCUGCUCGGAUCAAAAGAGAAAGGAAAAUACACUUGAUUUAGUCAGGAUGUUUGCCCUUCUUUUUCUUCAUUUUGGGAAUAUAGCAACCUCAGCAGCUUUCUCUGGAGUGAAUCUUGAUUGUACCAACAACUAUGAGCAUCUGAUGUCUUGUCACUUUGACGCUCCAAAUUGCACUGACUACAACGUGACCCUGUUGAGCCUUGACGGUGAGAAGUACUGUCUUCCUGUGCAGUGUGCAAGUGGAAAAUGCUGCUGCUCCAUCAAUAUGUUUCUGAUAUUACACGAGAAUCACAUGGCAUCUGUACGUAGAGGCGACAAAUAUGUGGAGUCCAAAAACAUCAGCAUUAAAUACAGCUUAAAACCCAACGCCCCAACCAUCGUCUCAGUGAAGGAGUCAAAUGGGAAUCUUCGGGUGGCGUGGAUGCCGAACAUUGAAAAAGCCCACUUAAGAGAACAAACCAGGACAAAUGUGACUUAUCACAAAAAAGGAGACACAAAAGAGGUGUCUGAAAUGUCCGUAAUAACUGCAGAUGGGCUGAGUUAUCUUGAAAUACUCGGUGACCGUUUGGAGCCAAGUACAACGUACGUGUUCACUGCGCAGAACUUCCUGAUGUGGGGCAGCCCGCCAAGCAACCGCAGUGAUGUGUACGAAUUCACGACCUCACCAGCACGCGAGGGCCUCCUGGUGGCAGUCAUUGUUAGCCUCAGUCUGGUGGCGGUCAUUGCCACCAGUGGGAUGUAUGGCUGUUACGUGAAGUGCCGAGCCAAGUACUGGGACUCAGUCGUCGAUUAUCAAAAGUCAAAACUUCUCGAUUUAAAUCCGAGUGAGCAACAGGUUUUGAAGUCUACGCCCCCCAUCAUCUCAUCCAUCUAUGUAGAGCCCCCGACCCUAGAUGACAUCAAAUCAUGGUCAAAAGGGUCCCUUGACAGCAGCAUCGAGAGCCUUCUUCAAAGCAGUGGAAUCGGCAACAGUCCAACUUCUCUCAGUUACACUCACACAGAAGCUGCCGACAUCAUCGAGAGUGUCCAGGAGGCGCUCAGCAAAGCCCUCGUGAACAUCAACCCGAUGUCACAAUCAACCAACCAUCCCCUGACCAGCAGUCUACCGUCCACUCGCCUCAGUCCCUGUUGUGGCGAGCAAUGUUCAGGAACAUACAGAUGUCAAAAUAAAACAACAUACUCCUUCAUCAGGCCCAGCUUCCCCACCCAGAUAAAGACUGAACAGUCCCAGCCUGGAAUGCUGUGCCACUCUGACUACCAAGAAGUGGGCGGCACUUCCACCUGCCCCGACAGGCAAGCGUCAGCUUGCGAAGACAUCGUGUUACCAACUGUGGUCUCUUCUUACAUUUUGACUGACACAUCUCACCAGCAGGGCAGCCGAGACUCUGGGAGAUUUUCAAACUCUGACGCGUCCUUGAGCUGCAGCAAAACAAGCCUGAAUGGAGAUGUUGAAUCCAGAACGCAAGAAGGACAAGAGAGCUGCAAGGAAAAGUUUGUGGGUGCUGAUGAUGGCAGUCUUCCAGUCAGUUGCAACUACCAAACGUUUCAGGGUAUAAGCAGGUACUCUGACAUUGCGUUUGCUGACUGGAAAAACAGUGAAAAAGAUGAGAACUUGAGAAAGUUUCUAGAAAAACCAUUAGAAGAUGCAAGUAAAGUUGAUCAAGCUCACAGCUUCCUGCUUGCACGAUCACAAGACAGUCUUCCACUGGAUGCCGACUACCGAGCAUUUCAGGAUCCAGUGAAGCAGCCUGUUAUUGAGAUUACAGACCAGAAAUGUGUUGAGAAAAAAGAGGAGUUGAAGAAGAUUCUCGACAAAAGAUUAGAAAAUGCCAGUAAAGGUGAUGAGGCUCACAGGUUCAUGCUUGCAAGAUCACAAGACAGUCUUCCAGUGGAUGGCGACUACCGAGCAUUUCAGAGUCUAGUGAAGCAGCCUGGUAUUAAGACGGCAGACCAGAAAAGUGUUGACAAAAAAGAGGACUUGAAGAAGAUUCUAGACAAAAGAUUAGAAAAUGCCAGUAAAGGUGAUGAGGGUCACUGCUUCAUGGUUGCAAGAUCACAAGACAGUCUUCCAAUGGAUACCCACUACCAAAUCUUUCAGGGUAAUAGGAGGCACUACCAACAGAGCGAGCAAGUGUUACCAGCCGUGGUCUCGUCUGACAUGUUGACUGACACAUCUUACCAGCAGGGCCGCCAAGACUCUGGGAGAUUUUCAAACUAUGACGCAUCCUUCAGCUGCAGCAAAACAAGCCUGAUUGGAGAUGUUGAAUCCAGAAUAGGAGAAGGACAGUGGAGAUGCAAGGAGGUGUUUGUGGGUGCUGACAAUGGAAGUCUUCCAGUCAGUUGCAACUACCAAGCGUUUCAGGUUUUAAGGAGGCACUCUGACAUUACAUUUGCUGACCCCAAAAGCAAGAAAGUAGAAGACUGGGAGAAGUCUUCAGAAAAUCAAUCAGAGGAUGCCAGUCAAGGUGACAAGGGUCACAGCUUCAUGCUUGCAAGAUCACAAGACAGUCCUCCAGUGGAUGUCCACUACCAAGCCUUUCGGGGCUUAGGGAAGCACUCAGGUACAGUAGCCCCAGUGUCACCUGACCAGAGUUACAGAUGCCUCCCUGAGCCUCAAGGACCUUUUUUGGUCUUUGCUGACCAGCCACAUGAAAUUAUCACUGAGAGCGGCUACAAAAUUGUGUAGCGUGGGUUGUUUUACUGCAUGUGCUUUUGGCCCUGUGUAUUUCUAACUUACACUAGUGUGAUUGUGUGUGUUUGUAACUACCUGAAGCACUUCAUAUGAGAAUUUGAAUCAGAUCCGUAGGCCUUGCAGUGAAAGAACUGUUCAACAGGAGGGUGUGAUUAACUGUAUGGGCCCAUUUAGAACAAUAUACGGUCAGAUAAAAUAACUGUGUAUCCAUAUUUUUAUUCCUACUGGCACCAAAAUACUGUAUAAUGUACAGUAAUGUAGAGCUGCUCAUUUUAUGGAAAUCAGUGCUGUGAACUAAGCACUGUACUAAGUACAGUAGCUGACAAACUGGGGUGAAAAGGAUUUCCUAUGUUCUAAAAUGAAUCUCUGUCUUCAGCCUGGGAAAUGUGACUCCUUAAAGACGUUUCACGUCACAGCCAAGUAAAGAGUCAGCAACAAGUCACCAUUGUGCAACGUACUUCCUCACUCACUACUUCUCUGAAGCGGAGGAGUCAUGUCCAUAAAAAUCCACGUAUUCAUAACAGAGACACGUGUAAUUCAAACUAACUUACCAGUCCUGUGUUUCUAUUGAUGAUGUCAUGAAUAAAGUGACAAUAAACAUUCAUUAGACGCUUCAUCUGCACAAUAUCAUGACAUCCAAUA